AUGGAGAGAAGCUGGCAAAUGAGGAGCCUGACUCAUCUCCUAGAUAGCAUGGAAAUAGCCCACAAAGAUGAUAUUAAACUUUACACCUCAGGACAUUUAAACCAUAACAAGCUUUAUAAACCCUCAGAGAAAAUAAGAUGGGGACAGUGGGAUUCUGCCAGGAAGCAAACCAGCCUCAUGAGAGAAAGAGAUCAACUCCCAGCUCAAAAUGAGAGAGCCAGGAAGAUGAAGAAGUUUUCAAGUAACUUUUAUGCCAGCAUCCCUCCACUUCCAGCACACAUCAUUGACUCUUCCUUCCCUACCAAAAGAUAUCAACAAUCUUCUGUGACUAGGGUUGGUCCCCCAACAGAUGUAUCAUUAACUCCACUGGAAAGUUUAAACUUGAAAGCACCUAAAAAGAAAGUAAAGGAGGGAACUGACAGACUCAGUACGCAUCUCCAAAGACAUGAGUUAGAUGUGUCAGAGAUUAUGGUGCUGCAAAACAAACCGUUUAAGAACAGCCAACAGUAUGUUGCUGAACCUGCCCAGGAGAAAUACCAGUUUAUACCUUCAUACUUGGCUGGUAUAACUAAAACUGAUCAGUUUAACAAGUUCCUGCAUUUCCAGAGGGAGUUCAUAGCAAAUCAUGAAUUACUACAGAAUGAUUUCACAGGGAGCAAAGUAUCAAAGCAGCAUGAAAUGAAACUAGCUAAGGAGCUCCAGAAAAUCCGUGACUGCGAUCCAUUCCAUUUCAAACGACUGCAGAUUGCUGAGAAAGUGUUUGAAGAUAUUUGCAAUAGCUCUUUGAUAUUUGGUGAUAUUUUGAAGGAAAUUAAGAAUGAAUAUGAGCUGUACAUGAUGAUACUUCUGGACUCCCUGCCUACAGAACGAUACAAGACUUUGAAGGCUCAGGUCAAAGGAAUGGAAACAAGACCCUCAAAGGCUCAAGAAAUACAUGCAGCCAGGAAAGAUGUGCAGGUUCUUAUGAAGAAGGCUAAAGCUGCCCUGGCAAGAAACCAAGAACUGCAGAAUGAAUUAAAAAUGGUGAUGUGGGUGAGCCAGAGCCCUGAGGAUAAAACAGAAACCUGCGGUGACCAUGAGACAAAAGAGGUAGUAGCAGAAACUCCCUCUGUUGCUGAACAGCUUGAAUCAAUGAGGUGUAAAGUUCUCAGCACAUGGGAGGAAAUGAUGAUACUGGAGACUGAGAAGAAAGAAAGAAUGGCUUGUGCUGGGAUGGUAGAUAUGACAAACACUUUCAGAGAUGUAGAGGAACUUGAAGACAGUAUCACAGAAACUUUAGAUAAACUGCAUAUCACGCAGGAAAAUCAAAAGAAGGUAUGGGAAUUGAUAGAGGAGUUCUUUUCACUUGAAGAAGAAGAAGUUUCUGAGAAUCCAGAGGAAAUAUCUCAGUCAAAGAGGAGCAGCACCAACAGGAGCAAGGAAGAGCCCACCUGCCUGGCUGCAGUGAUCUGGGCGCUGUAG